AAAGAUCUCUUAACCUCGUUUACAGUAAAGAUUGCUCUAGAUCCAGUUACUAUAAAAGACGGUUCGGAUCCUGAAAGAAAACAUUCAUCUACCAAAUCGUACGACACUACACAUCACAGAUAUGUACAGCCAACUAGCAAUCUACGCUUUCAUCUUAUGUGUUUCAAGUGUUUUAUCACAGGGUCCAUUCAUGUUCGGUCCUCCUAGUCCCAUAUCCAUGUACGGUCCACCACCACCAGGUCCAAUGUUCGGACCACCACCAGUAAGUUUUGGUCCCCCAUCUAUAGGAUACGCACCUGUACCUUCUGCCAGUAUACCUGUUAUGGGUGGUCCUAUACCAGCUCCUUUUGGUUUACCUCCACCGGGAAUGGCACCUGUUGGUGAUAUGCGUGGCCCUCCACCACCCAUGUUUUUCGGAGGUUCACCAUUUGGAAAGAAAUGACGCGAAGGAAAUAUCUAGUAAAAUGCUCAUAAUUCUGUAAAUAGUUGUGAUAGAAAAACAAAAAAAUCAUCAUG